UUGGCGCAGGGGGCAGCCCGGGCACCCUCCCCUGCCCAGGAUGGCGGGGACGGGGCAGAAAUUUACCUCUCGGCCUGAACAGGACGCCGGAAUCGUACCAUCAGCUCUCUCAUUUGAGAGCCAGGCCACCCCGGGCUCAGAGUGUCACACUCGCGCGCCGCUCUGCCCGCGGCCCCCUCGGUCGCCGGGAGUCCCCAGGAUUGUCCCGAAGUGAGGGAGAGCAGAAGCAGACCGGGGGUCGCAGUUUCCCAACUCCCUUCCGCGGUCCGGAGGCCGACGCCAGGCGAGGAGGGGAUGUGUGCCUGGGGGAGGCUGAGGAGAAGGGCCCCGGCCGGCCAGCGUGUUUGGGGCAUUCACAGGCAGCUUUUGGAUUCGCGGAAGGGACGUUGAGAGGGGAGGAGGAGAGGAGGCCUCAAAGGGGACGUUGAGUCUCAUCUCGGGACUGGGACCCUGACUUCACCUUUCAGGAGCCGCUCUACCUCCGUUUGCCUAACGGUGACGCGGGGCUGUUCGGGUCAGCUCACCGGCUAGUCUCUACCUUGUGCCUCCUUGGCCCGCGGGUCGGGCUGAGACAGACCCUUCUGGAGACCCUGCCUGAGGGUUGGCCUAAGGACUGGGCUCGCCAAAGCCACAAUAGAGACGGAGAGCACGGUUCACGGAGCACCGCCUUAUAGUCAGAUGCUGAGGAAAGUCCUCGACCUGUUUGAUCUCUCCAUCCUUACUGUGACCUGGAGGCCCGGGAAGGUCUAUUUUUAACCGCAUUUCACAGAUAAGGAAACCGAAUCUGUUAAGAGGUGCAGCUGCUUACGCAAGGCGCACAGCGGGCAGUCUCAGACCGAAGCCCUCGGGGUAUGUAACAGCCAUGCCUGUGGACACGCUGAGCCCCGGAGCCCCCACCGCCCCCGCCCUACCUUUCCGCCUGCGCACCAAGGUCCCAGGCUACCUGCUACGGAGGCCAGCAGACAGUGGAGCCCGGAAACUGAGUGCUGUGGAACGCCUGGAGGCUGACAAGGCCAAGUACGUCAAGAGCAUACACGUGGCUAACACCCGCCAGGAACCUGUGCAGCCCCUGCUGUCCAAACAGCCACUCUUUAGCCCUGGAACUCGCCGCACAGUGCUCACACCCAGCCGUCGAACUCUGCCUGGCCCUGGCCGUCGGCCCCAACUGGACCUGGACAUUCUUAGCAGCCUCAUCAACUUGUGUGAUAGUCCUGUGUCCCCUGCUGAGGUCAGCCGUACUCCUGGGCCUUCAGAGGGAAUCCGCCAGGCCCCGCCAGCCACCCCUCCACGCCCACCACCCAGUACAGCUGCAGUGCGCCGAGUGGACGUCCGCCCCUUGCCUGCCUCACCUACCCGGCCCUGCCCGUCACCGAGCGCUGCCGCCACCUCCAGCCCAGGCCGGCCACCGGGUUUGCAACGCUCCAAGUCAGACUUGAGUGAGCGCUUCUCCCGGGCAGCAGCUGACCUUGAGCGCUUUUUUAACUUUUGCGGCUUGGACCCGGAGGAGGCACGGGGAUUGGGUGUGGCUCACCUGGCACGGGCCAGUUCGGACAUCGUGUCCCUGGCUGGGCCCAGUGCGGGGCCGUGCAGCUCUGACGGAGGCUGUUCCCGCCGCAGCUCGGCUACUGUUGAGGAGCGGGCCCGGGAACGCGUCCCCUACGGCGUGUCGGUGGUAGAGCGCAAUGCCCGUGUGAUCAAGUGGCUGUAUGGGUUAAGGCAGGCACGGGAGAUCCCAGCCUCAGAGGGCUAGGCCUCCACUGGACUUGGAAAUCGCCACAGGACAGAUCUUAGAGAGGCACUUGGCCCCUGACCUCUCUUGCAUCCAUUCCCUGGAUCUGAACAGAGCAGAUGCUAGUCCCUUUGUGAACUUGGUAUAAAGGCAAAGGCUUAGACAGAAGCUGGAUGGCCCCACGUCCUCUGGCAAGGACUGACCCUGGAGAGAGUUGCUCUUGGUUUUGGAUGCCACCCCCACCCCCACUUACAGGGUUUUUGACACGAGUUAACCCCUGCUUGGCUCCUCUUUUGGGGCUGCAUUUGGGGUGUUUCACCAUCCCCGCUGAGAGUGAGGGGCCAAGAAAUCUCACCAACCCUGUCUCACCAGUGGUUCUGUUUCCUCUUUCCUUCCUUAGCCUCUGUCCUUUGCUGACUUCCUCUUUCUUACCCAAUGGGUUCUGGUUCCCAGGAAUGUACGCUGGAGAGGAGGCAGGGAGGAGGGGGCUUAUCUACUGUUUUUCUGAGUCCUUGGCAGCAGGCCUAGGUAGGUGCACUACAGGAGGGCCUGGUUGGGAGUCUCCAUUGCUCUGACUUCCCUUUCCUUGGUUAAUAAACACAAAUGCUUGUCAUUCAAGGGCUGGGCCUUCAGACUCUUCUGUGUUCACAGGGAAAGGGGUGUGAGAA